CCUUUCACCCUCAAGAAACCCUUCCGCAGCUCCCUUACGCACCCGCAGGAUGAUUAACAGAAGCGGCGGGGCUCCUCACCCGCGACAAUAAAGGGACGUGAGGAAAAACAGCCGCUUUCUGCCCUGACGCGCCCUUUCUUCCUGAAUUCAAGGGCGGCUCCGGGCGCGGAGGCCGGCAAGGAGGCAGGCAGUCACGUGCCAGCAGGCGGCGCUACAGCUGCUCUGGCUCCUCCGCGGCAGCUCCUGCUGCCGCCGCCGCUACCGCCACCUCCGGCUCCUCAGUCCCAGUUAGGGCAUCCACCGGUGUCGCCUCGCGCUGGGAGCGGCCGCCCGGGAGAAAGGAUGCUCCGCCGGGCGCGGCGGCGGCGGCGGCGGCGAAGGAGACGGGACUUCUCGGGGGCCGCGCGCCUUUUGUAGCCGAAGCCGCCGCCUCCUCCAUGGCGAGCGUGGCGGCGGAACCCCCCGCCAGGUUUGAGCGGCGCGGCCCGGCUUGGAGGAGGAGGAGGCGGACGAGGACGCCCGGGGUCGACGGUGACCGGGCCCGCUUUUACUCCUGUCUCGCUGCGCCCUAGAAGCGCUACGGCGGUGGCGCCAUGGCCGAGAUGGAGCGUCCAGACGAGGCGGCCCGGUUCUGGCGAGACGCCGCCCUUCGCGCCAGGAAGCUGCAGAGCAACCUCCAGCAAUUGGAGCUAGAGCUGGGCUCCCGAGGAGAGAGCGGCCCAGAGGCACCGCUGAAGCUGAAAUCCUCGCAGCAGCAGCAGCAACAGCAACCGCCGUCCUCGCCGCUGGAGGUAUUGAACCUGAGCGGGCGCGGCCUGGAUGAAUUGCCGGAGGGCUUGUGCGCCGCCGUGGGCAGCAGCCUGAGCGUCCUCUCGUUGCGGAGAAACCGACUAGCCCAUCUGCCCUCGGCCGCCGCUCUUCGGCACCUGGGCCGCCUGGCCGAGCUCGACCUCAGCCACAACCGCCUGCGUUGCCUGCGCGACGACGGCCAGGCGCUGGCGCUCCUGCGCGGGCUUCGUAAACUCAACCUCAGCCACAACCAGCUCGGAGCCGAAGGGACGCUGCCCAGCGGAUUGGGCGAACUGCGACAGCUGGAGGAGCUAGAUCUGAGUUUCAACCGCCUUAGCCACCUGCCCGCGGAGGCCCUGGCCCACCUUCAGCAGCUCCGCACCCUGGACGUGGACCACAAUCAGCUUUCUGCCUUCCCUCAAGCGCUGCUGGAGCUGGAUGCCCUGGAAGAGCUGGAUUGCUCAGGCAACCGGCUCUUGGGGUCUCUUCCGGAGGGCAUCACUUCUCUUCGGCACCUGAAAAUCCUGUGGCUUAGUGGCACUGGCUUGGCGGCCUUGCCUGAGGGCUUGUGCCAGCUGGGUACCCUUGAGAGCCUCAUGCUGGAUGGGAACCGCCUGAGUGUCCUGCCUGCUGGUUUUGGCAGCCUGCAGCGUCUCAAAAUGCUGAACCUCUCAUCCAACUUACUGGUUGAUUUCCCCGCAGCUGUGCUGGCCCUUCCUGGCUUGGAGGAGCUCUACCUCAGUCGCAAUCAGCUUACCCUGUUGCCCGGUGGACUUUGCCAGCUCUGCCAACUACGCACCCUUUGGCUGGACAACAAUCGCAUCCGCUACCUGCCUGAUUCCAUAGUCAAGCUUCAUCAGCUGGAGGAACUGGUACUUCAGGGAAAUCAGAUUGCCAUCCUUCCAGAGGGGUUUGGCCAACUCAGCCGUGUGAGUCUCUGGAAAAUCAAAGACAACCCCUUGAUUCAGCCCCCCUAUGAGGUCUGUAUGAAGGGCAUCCCUUACAUAGCUGCCUACCAGAAGGAACUGGCUCACUCUCAGCCUGCCCUUAAGCCCCGUCUCAAACUAGUCCUCAUGGGCCUGAAAAAUGCAGGCAAAACUCUGCUUAGAAAGUGCCUCAUGGAGGAAGAGGAAGAGGAGCAGGGAGAGUUAUCUUUUGGUUCAGCUAACAAGAAUUUUGAAAGAACCCAAAGCAGGGGGUGCUUCAUACAACCCCUGAGAGACCUGCCCCAACCUCUGUCUCCAAAAGCACAGCCAAACCAUUGUCCCAUUGUGGAACAACCCGAGGCUUCCCCUUUGUCUGUCUCACCUCUGAAAUGUUCUUGUUUAGGAUAUAACUCUACUGAGAAGUGGGAUGUGUUCAGUCAGUCCCCCAAAGUUAUUGGUCAGACCCAGGCAGGAGGCUCUGCUGCUGAGCAGCAGGAUGAUACCCCAUUGUCCCCAUCAAUUAAAAUACAUAGGGAAAUCUGCUUGGGGGGUUACCCCCUAAGGUCUCCAGGCUCACAUGUAAUGGAGUUGCCAGGCAGCAGCAAAGGUAUUGAAGUAGCAGACUGGACAGCAGAUGUAAAGAGAGGUCUAACCUUCAUUGUAUAUGAGCUGGCAGGAGACCCAAGUUACGAUGUGAUCCAGCCGUUCUUCCUCUCUCCUGGAGCCCUCUACGUAUUGGUAGUAAACCUGAGUACUUACAUGCCACAGUGUUUUUAUCCUUCUGUGGGACACUUCCUUCACUGGCUGGGAGCAAAGGUGCCCCAUGCUGUGGUAUGUAUGGUGGGCACUCAUGCAGAUCUGUGUCCUGAAUGGGAGGUGGAGGAGAAAUGUUUAGACAUCCACCGCCAGAUUGCCUGGCAGGAGAAGUGUGACUGUGAAGGCCUCCAGAUUCUAGCCCGGCAGGUGGAUGAAGCUCUGGGGCAGGAUUUUGAUUUGCGCUGCUCCAGCCCCCAUGUUGCUUUCUAUGGGGUAUCAGACAAGAACCUACGGCGCAAGAAAGCUCAGUUCCAGUAUCUGCUCAACCACCGUCCCCAAAUCCUCUCCCCAGUUUUGCCUAUAAGCUGCUGGGAUUGUGUUCACGUCUGCCGAUUGCGAGAGAAGCUGCUUUCAGUGGCAGAGCACAGAGACAUCUUUCCAAAUUUGCACCGGGUUCUGCCAAGGUCCUGGCAAAUGCUGGAGGAGCUGCACUUCCAACCCCAAGCUCAACAGCUAUGGCUAAGCUGGUGGGACUCUGCUCGACUUGGCCUGCAGGCAGGGCUGACUGAGGAUCGUCUCCAAAGUGCACUUUCCUACUUGCAUGAGAGUGGCAAGCUGCUGUAUUUUGAGGAGCACCAGACCCUGCGAGAAUAUGUUUUCCACAAUUUGCCCAGGCUCAUUGACAUUCUCAAUGUCUUCUGCCAGCAUGAUGCCUCGGUAUUGCUCCAGAAACUGCUCAGCACCACCCAGAUGGAUGAGAUGAAGGCCACACAGCUCCACCACUAUGUGGAAGGAUUUCUGCUCCAUGGCCUUCUCCCUGCUCAUGUUAUUCAUCUGCUCCUCAAGCCCCAUAUUCAAAGCAGAGAGGACUUACAGCUUCUGUUGGAAUUGUUAGAAAAAAUGGGACUCUGCUACGGGGUCAACAAGCCCAAAUCAAAACCCUUGAAUGGAGCCACAGCAUGGUACAAGUUCCCCUGCUAUGUGAAGAACGAGAUGCCUCACGCAGAGGCAUGGAUCAAUGGUACUAGCCUGGGUGGGCAGUCUUUUGGGGCAGAACAGUUGCAGAUUGAGUACAGCUUUCCCUUUAUUUUCCCCCCUGGAUUGUUUGCUCGCUACAGUGUGCAGAUUAACAGCCACGUGGUUCAGCGGUCAGAUGGAAAAUAUCAGAUCUAUGCGUACAGGGGGAAAGUGCCGGUAGUUAUAAGUUAUAGGCCUGCCAAAGGCACCCAACAACCAGAUACACUGUCUAUUGCUAGCCAUGCAUCUCUACCAAAUAUAUGGACAGCUUGGCAAGCCAUAACCCCACUGGUGGAAGAACUAAAUGUACUGCUUCAAGAAUGGCCAGGCUUAUACUAUAGCGUGCAUGUCCUCUGUUCCAAGUGCCUUAAAAGAGGGUCAUCCCACCCACAUAACUUUCCAGGAGAAUUGCUAAGUCAACCCAGGCCAGAGGGAGUGACUGAGAUCAUCUGUCCGAAGAAUGGUAACGAGCGAGUGAAUGUGGCUUUGGUUUAUCCCCCUACUCCAACAGUGAUCAGCCCUUGUUCCAAGUGACUGCUGGAAGUCGCCUGCCUUGGCCCCUAUUAUAAGGACACUUCAGAUGCCCCUUAAACCCUUGCUAAGCAUUUUCGGAGAUGUACCACUCAGAGAUGGAUCUAAUUAUUUAUGGGGCCUGAAUAUCACAGCUUGGGAAAUAAAGAUUAAUGAGAGCAGGUGUGCUGAAGGCUAUGCAUUGGGGUGGACACAAAUCUGCAGUCUACAUGAAUUGAUCCUUUUCACCGAUUGGGGUUGGACUGAUAUGCUCAGAAGAAACAGAAAGCAUCCUCAUCCUGAUCUACUGUUACAUUUGAUUACCCUGCACUAUGAAGGCUCUCACAAGAAUCAAAACCAUUGUUCUCUGAGAACACUAUUGACCUGUGUUUUGCACUUGUUUGGACUCACGAAUGUAGGCUUUUUCUCAAUGUAUGUACUAUUAGAUGUACCCGAAGAAAUAUCUAAUGAAAAGGAAUUGUUGUUAA